AUGAGCUCCUCGGACGACACCUGCGGCAAGAAGGCGUCGUGGCCGGAGCUGGUUGGGAAGUCCAUCGAGGAGGCCAAGAAGAUCAUCAUGAAGGACAGGCCGGAUGUGAAGAUCAUCGAGGUCUUCCCGGUCGGCACCGCCGUGACCGGGGACUUCAGGCCCGACCGUGUCCGCAUCUUCGUCGACACCGUUGCGGAGAUCCCCCGCAUUGGCUAG